AUGUGGUACGGUACGGCAGUGGGCUUGUUGGUGGCCGUGGUUUUGUACUGCUUUUGGGACGUUCGAAAGCCCAAACACUUCCCACCCGGUCCGGUGUGGUUCCCGUUAAUCGGCUGUGGUGUGACACUGAUGAAAAAGGUCCGGACGCUGGGCUUCUACCACCUGAUGUGGAUGGCCCUUUGCCGCAAGUACGGGCGCAUUGUGGGGGUUCGGGUCGGUCGGGACCACAUUAUUGUGGUGUCGGGCCGGGAAGCGAUCCGUGCGAUGUACGCCAAGGAGCAGUUUGACGGCCGGCCCGAUGGGUUCUUCUUCCGGAUGCGUUCGUUUGGCCAACGGCUCGGUGUCGCCAUGACCGACGGACCGGACUGGGAAGUGCAGCGUAAGUUUGCCGUACGCACGAUGAAGCAACUCGGUAUGGGGCGGUCCGAAUUCGUGCGGAUCAUCGAGCGUGAGGUGCAGGAGCUGAUCGAGAACUUCCGGGUGCGGGCCGAAGCCGGCGAGAUCUUCACGAUGAGCGGUUCGCUGGAUAUCGCGCUGCUGAACGUGGUUUGGGUGCUGAUGGCGGGCCAGCGGUACGAGUUGGAGAACGUGCGCUUGAAGUGGCUGGCCGAAGCGAUCCACAGGACGUUCCACGUGAUCGAUAUGUCCGGUGGGUCGUUGAGUCGGUUCCCGUGGUUGCGAUUCGUCUGCCCGGAAGCCUCCGGUUAUGGUCCCAUGAUGCGAUUGCUGAAACCCCUGUGGGGCUUUCUAGAGGAAACGAUUGAAUCGAUUCGAAGCAAUCCUCACUCGCCCGAUCGGCGGGAUAGUGUGAUCUCGGCCUACCUGGUAGAGAUGGCACGUCGGGAGCAUCACGACUCGUUCUCCGAUGCCCAGCUCGUUAGUCUUUGUCUCGACCUUUUCCAGGCCGGCAUCGAGACGCUCAGCAGUGUGCUUGGUUUCGCGCUGCUUUACAUGUUACACCAUCCGGCCGUGAUGCGCAAAGUUCAGCGAGAACUGGACGCGGUGGUCGGUGCUGGUCGGUUACCGACGUCCGAGGAUCGACCGAGACUGCCCUUUACGGAAGCCGUCAUCCUGGAGGUGGAACGGAUAGCCACCGUUGUACCGGUGGGACUGGUGCACCGUGCGAUGGAUGAUGUGGAGCUGUGCGGCUAUCGAAUACCGAAAGACUCCAUCAUUCUGCCGCUGCUUUAUUCGAUCCAAAUGGACGCCGACUACUGGACCGACCCGGGCACCUUUCGACCGGAACGGUUUCUCAACGAGACCGGUGAUCGUGUGGUGGUGCACCACGACGUGUUUAUCCCAUUCGGAGCGGGGCGGAGACGAUGUCUGGGUGAAGCCCUGGCCAAACCGGCCGUUUUUCUGUUCUUCUCGGCCAUCGUCCAUCGUUUUUCGAUCGAAUCGGCGGACACCACACUGCCGCCACUGGAAGGGAUGGAUGGGAUUACGCUUUCACCCAAUCCGUUUCGUGUACGCAUUAAAGAACGCAUUGCGGUGUAA